AUGGCUGAAGCUGAAUCCUCAGGUGUCCGCUACUCUCAAGGCAAGAAGGAUAUGGGAGCGGCCCGCGAUUUCUCGUGGGAGCACCCAGUGCCCGACAACAAGUUCUGGAACGAUCUGCCCUUCACCGUCGGUCGCAACUUUCUGCAGAACUUCACCCCCGACCAGGUCGAGCAGCUGGGCUUGGACCCCGAUAGCACACUACCCAAGGAGAGCAAGCUUGAGCUGCUCGCGAACCGACUUGCCCAAGAGCUCGACAAGAGGGACUCGGCUGCAGCACCACAGACGUACUACGACGUGGACUAUGAGGGGUGGGACAGCCUUUGGCUUGGUAUCUACACCAUGCAGCACGAGUUGGGAGACCCCAAGGCCGAGUCGACCUUGCGCAUGAUGUGCGACAAGAGGAAGAACAAGAGCAACCUGUCGCAUCAGCAUACGCUGGCCGGCCUGCUGCUCGACAAGAACAAGAAUUCCGAGGCCGAGGAGAUUGAGAGGGAGGUGUGUGCAUGGCUUGACAGCCGACUUGGCAAGAGCUCUCCACAGGCCCUUUCGGCUCGGAGGAUCAUCGCCGAGGCAUUGUGGAAACAGGGAAGCACUCGGCAGAGUGAGGCGACGGAUAUGAUCCGAGACAUCAAAGACAUUGUUGAGCAGAUGGGUGAUGGUCCCUUCGGUGUCUACAAGGAUGAGGAGAGGAAGCUCGUGGAGGAAUUGGAGCAUCGGUUGAAGGCUUGA